AUUUUUAAAAAUUGCCCCUUUUCUAACCGUAUGGCGGCUUGGUCCCAUACCAGUAAGUUGUUGCAGUUCCAAACUUCCAAUUCGCCGGCCGCUGUCCAUACCCCUAGUCGGCGUCUGUGAUCUAUAAAUCUUCUAUCCGUUUGGUGUGGCUCGCCAUAUUGUUUUUGCUUCCUUUCACUUUUAAUUUGUUCCGAUGGCUACAAGAGAAGGUAAAAAGACGGUCUUGAAGUUCGAAUCGGAGGAUGACGUUGCGGUGGCUCUUGCAAAAUACACCGCCGAUUUAUCGGGGAAGUUUAUCCGGCAGAAAAACUCUUUCACUGUUGUCCUCUCCGGUGGCAGUCUCAUCGACACUAUGAGGUAAUCUUUCAUCCGAUUUUAAUAUACUUUUUUUUCAUUUGCCUGUUUUGAGCCUUUAGGGAUGAAGAUGAUUGUUGAUUGAAUAGGAAACUAGUGGAUGAUCCAUACAAGGAAUCAGUGGAUUGGUCAAAAUGGUUGAUCUUUUGGGUGGAUGAGAGGGUGGUUCCUCUCGAUCACCCUGACAGCAAUUAUCUGCUUGCCUUCAAUGGCUUUCUUUCCAAGGUUCCAAUUCCCUCUACAAACAUAUUCGCAAUAAAUGACAAGAAAUCACCUGAAGGAGCUGCAGAUGAUUAUGAAACUCGCCUCAGGCAGCUGGUGGAGUCCAAAAUUUUGCCUGUCUCUCCCACUGGCUUUCCCCAAUUUGAUCUAAUGCUGCUAGGCAUGGGCCCAGACGGACACGUGGCAUCUCUAUUCCCAAAUCAUCCUCAGCGUCAUGAGAAGGAACGUUGGGUAACUUUCAUCACAGACUCACCGAAACCGCCACCCCCAAGGAUCACCUUCACAUUCCCGGUGAUCAACUCUGCUUCUGAGAAUGCAAUGGUGAUUACCGGUGGUGAGUUGGCUUACAUGGUGAAUAUUGCUUUGGGUGAUGGGGUGGCUCCUGAUGGGGUACCCCCACCUUGCACUGAGGUUUCUGCUGAGGAUGAGUUGACCUGGUUCUUGGAUAAGGAUGCAGCUUCUAAACUGAGAUGAACCUAGCUUAUGAUCUUGGAUUCUAAGAACCAACUAAGGCAAUUAGACUAAUAGUUAUGAUGAUAAUAAUAACAAUAAUACUUUAUUGCCGGUCGUCCUGUUGGUAAUGUAGAUUUGUUGUAACUGGAUCCUGAAGAAUGAAUAAGAUGUGCAAUGCGUGACAUGGCCUGACCUCC